AUGAAGCUCCAUCAACCAUCAUUCCGGCGCCUCUUGUCGCGUCCGUCAACCCUUAGCAACAUUUCCCUUCCGAGAGUCAAUAGGUCCACCAUAUACCGUGGUAAUAUCACCUUUGCUCGCGCAUCAUUCUCGGACCCCCCCAAGAGACAUUAUGCUUCCAUCUCUGCCGCGCAUCUGCAAUUCGGACAACCAGUCCACGAGACUCACCCUCACAUUUUGAACCCUGGCGAAUUGACCCCAGGAAUCAGUGCCCAAGAGUACGCCGACCGACGCGCUGCCCUCGUCGAUCUACUUCCACAGGGGGCGGUCGCAGUUCUUCACGCUGCCUCCUUGCAAUACAAAUCCGGCGCCGUCUUUCACCCUUAUAGGCAGGAGUCAAACUUCUUCUGGCUGACAGGGUGGGAGGAGCCUGAUGCGGUGGCGGUCAUAGAAAAGACUGGUUCCAGGACCGGCGACUACGCAUUUCGGCUCUUCGUCCAGCCCAAAAACCCCAGAGAUGAACAAUGGUCCGGCUACCGCAAUGGUGUGCAAGCUGCCGAGGAUGUCUUCAAUGCCGACGAAGCCUACUCAAUAGACGGUAUGGGCUCAUUACUGCCAGAUAUUCUCAACGGUGCCAAAUCCAUCUAUGCCGACGCGCCACCCACAGAAAAGACUAGCAAGAGCUUUAUCUCGGACAUGUUCUCGGGAAAGACCUCAUGGCCUUCCCGAACGCCAUUGUACCCAAUUAUGAACAGGUUGCGCGUUAUUAAGAGCCAGGCGGAGGUAGCUAACAUGCGCCGAGCGGGACAGAUCUCUGGGCGUGCCAUCACUGAUGCAAUGCGACGACCCUGGACUCGAGAAAAAGAUUUGCACGCCUUCCUGGACUAUCAAUUUACUGUAAACGGUUGCGAAGGCCCUGCAUACAUUCCCGUAAUCGCGGGGGGUGAGCGUGCCAAUUGCAUUCACUACACAGUCAACAACAACGUGUUGCGCGAGGGCGAAUUCAUCCUCGUAGACGCCGGUGGGCAGUACGGCACGUACAUUACCGACAUUUCUCGAACAUGGCCGGUGACGGGCAGAUUCACCGCCGCACAGCGCGACCUGUACGAAGCCGUACUUACUGUACAACGUAAGAGCGUCGACCUUUGCCGACAGAACGCGCGUCUGUCGCUCGAGGACAUUCACGGCCAAACAGUGCGCGGGCUGGUCGACUCUCUCCGCUCGAUAGGCUUUGACGUAUCAAACUCCAACAUUGACCAGUUGUUUCCUCAUCACGUCGGACACUACAUUGGUCUGGAUGUGCACGAUUGCCCAGGCUUUUCGCGACGAGAGACGCUCCGUCGCGGACACUGCGUCACCAUCGAGCCUGGUGUGUAUGUGCCCGACGACGAGCGCUGGCCCGCUCACUUCCGUGGUAUGGGUGUGCGGAUUGAGGACAGCAUUUGUGUUGACGAGACUGAGCCAUAUAUUCUCACGACCGAGGCUGUCAAGGAGAUUGCCGAUAUUGAGGCUCUCCGUGCGUAA